CCACUCACUUUUUAGGUCUUUACUUAAUUGUCAUGUCUGUAUUUGUUAUUUUCCUAUUAACAUGAACUGGACAGGGUAGGCUGCUAAGUUCAAAAUGGGAACCAUACAAAGGGUUAACCAGCAGAGAAUUACAAAUGAACUAUCAGGAAAGUUGAUUAUUAAUCCAGCAAGAGAGAAAAUAUCCUUCCAGUUAGCAAGAAUUAGUACCUGAAGAGCUGAUAAUAUUGUUCAGCCUGUCGGUGUGGAAUGGCAAAGUCAGAAGAAUGUCUUCCAAGCAGGCUACCUCUCCAUUUGCAUGUGCAGCUGAUGGAGAGGAAACAAUGACCCAGGACUUAGCAUCACGAGACAAGGAGGAGGGCAACAGUGAUCAGCAUGCGACCUCUCAUCUGCCUCUACAUAAUGUAAUGCACAACAAACCUCACUCUGAGGAGCUAUCAACUCUGGUCACAACCAUCCAACAAGAUGCUGAAUGGGAUGGGGUCAUCUCAGCCCAACACAGAAUGGAGUCAGAGAGUAAUAAGUUAUGUUCCCUAUAUUCCUUCCGAAAUACCUCUACCUCACCACACAAGCCCGACGAAGGAGGUCGUGACCGCAGUGAGCUAAUGACGGGUGUUAAUUUUGGAACGCCAGAACGCCGCAAAGGAAGCCUUGCUGAUGUGGUGGACACACUGAAGCAGAAGAAACUAGAAGAAAUGACCAGGACUGAGCAAGAGGAUUCAUCCUGCAUGGAAAAGCUACUUUCUAAAGACUGGAAGGAGAAGAUGGAAAAAUUAAACACAAGUGAUCUCCUUGGAGAAAUUAAAGGUACACCAGAAAGCCUGGCAGAAAAAGAGCGACAGCUCUCUACCAUGAUCACCCAGCUGAUCAGCUUACGGGAGCAGCUCCUGGCUGCCCACGAUGAGCAGAAAAAGCUGGCAGCUUCACAAAUUGAAAAACAACGGCAGCAAAUGGACCUUGCUCGCCAACAGCAAGAACAGAUUGCAAGACAACAGCAGCAACUUCUGCAACAGCAGCACAAAAUCAAUCUACUGCAGCAGCAAAUUCAGCAGGUUCAGGGUCACAUGCCUCCGCUCAUGAUCCCAAUUUUUCCACACGACCAGCGGACAUUGGCAGCGGCUGCUGCAGCCCAGCAGGGAUUCCUCUUCCCCCCAGGAAUAACUUACAAGCCAGGUGAGAACUACCCGGUGCAGUUCAUUCCUUCUACGAUGGCAGCUGCCGCUGCUUCUGGACUCAGCCCUCUGCAGCUCCAGCAACUGUAUGCAGCUCAGCUGGCUAGCAUGCAAGUUUCUCCUGGAGCCAAGAUGCCGUCUACUCCGCAGCCACCAAAUACGACAGGGGCGCUCUCACCCACUGGCAUGAAAAAUGAGAAGAGAGGGACCAGCCCGGUAACUCAAGUUAAGGAUGAAGCAGCCCAGCCGCUGAAUCUUUCAGCCCGACCCAAGACAGCUGAACCUGUCAAAUCCCCAACAUCUCCAACACAGAACCUCUUUCCAGCUAGUAAAAGCAGUCCAGUGACUGUGACAAGUAAGAGCGGCAUCCCCAGCCCCCUCGGUGGAACUCUGGGAAGAGCAACCUCUUUAGAUAUCCUUUCCAGUCUUAACUCACCUGCCCUAUUUGGGGACCAGGACACAGUAAUGAAAGCCAUUCAGGAGGCUCGAAAAAUGAGAGAGCAGAUCCAAAGGGAGCAGCAGCAGCAACAGCAGCCGCAUGGUGUUGAUGGAAAAUUGCCCUCCAUGAAUAACAUGGGUCUAAACAACUGCAGGAAUGAAAAGGAAAGAUCAAGGUUUGAAAAUUUAGGCCCACAAUUAACAGGGAAACCCAAUGAAGAUGGAAAACUGGGCCCUGGUGUCAUUGAUCUUACAAGGCCAGAAGAUGCAGAAGGAAGUAAAGCAAUGAAUGGCUCUGCAGCUAAACUACAGCAGUAUUAUUGUUGGCCAACAGGAGGUGCCACUGUGGCUGAAGCUCGGGUCUACAGGGAUUCGCGGGGCCGAGCCAGUAGUGAACCGCACAUCAAACGACCAAUGAAUGCUUUCAUGGUUUGGGCAAAGGACGAACGUCGAAAAAUUCUCCAAGCUUUCCCUGACAUGCACAACUCCAACAUUAGCAAAAUCCUAGGAUCUCGCUGGAAGUCCAUGUCGAAUCAAGAGAAACAACCUUACUAUGAAGAGCAGGCACGGCUAAGUAAAAUCCACCUAGAAAAGUACCCGAAUUACAAAUAUAAACCCCGACCAAAACGUACCUGCAUUGUCGAUGGAAAGAAAUUGCGUAUUGGUGAAUACAAACAACUGAUGAGGUCUCGAAGACAGGAGAUGAGGCAGUUUUUUACCGUAGGACAACAGCCUCAAAUUCCAAUCACCACAGGAACGGGUGUUGUCUACCCUGGUGCUAUUACCAUGGCAACUACCACGCCAUCACCUCAGAUGACAUCCGACUGCUCUAGCACCUCUGCCAGCCCUGAGCCCAGCAUCCCUGUCAUUCAGAGCACUUACGGUAUGAAGACGGACAGCGGAAGCCUUGCUGGAAAUGAAAUGAUAAAUGGAGAGGAUGAAAUAGAAAUGUACGAGGACUAUGAGGAUGAUCCCAAAUCAGACUAUAGCAGUGAAAAUGAAGCCCACGAGGCAGUCAGUGCCAACUGAGGAGUGUUCACAGAAUUAAAGUACUCAGACUCAUUUGAUUUUUUGGGGUUUUUUUUGAACAAAAAGUUCUUAAAGAGCCUGCAUGCAUGUGUGGCUCCUUCAGUUACAUCAGCAGAAUGGUCUUAAAUGUUUCUUAAAGUGUGAGACAGAUUGUUUCCCUAAUUUUUCAUGAACUUGGGUUUUUUGUUUUUGUUUUUUUUUAAUUUAGAUGAAGACAUAUAUUAAAUAUCAGACAUCAGGACUUGAAAACUUAUAUGAAUCAAUAGCUGUCUUACCAGUCUUACCUUUUGUCUUUUUCCUUUUGGAUGCUGAUAAAGGUUUAAGUUACUGUUUUAGAUGGGGGUUAUACAUUCUCACUCAGGUAUGCUGUGCCAGCCUACAGGUUGUGAAUGUGUUUUUAUUCUGGAUUAUUUUAGAAAACAAAAACUGCAGAUUUCAUAUUGUAAAACAGAACAAGUCCACAAGUGUGCACAUCUGUGCAUCAUAGCUCAUCUUUAAAAAAUAGUCUCUCAAUUCCAUUUUUUUUCCAUGUGUAUAGCUGAACUUCUGAUGUGCCAAACUUUUCAUAACUUUUGAAUCUUAACAUUUAAAAAAAAAAGUCUUAAAGGAGACACUGUAAAGUCUUAGACAAUCCUUUGGCAUCUUAAAAAAAUUAUAUAUGAAACGUAAUUUUUUUUUCCAGAAAAUGGUAAAGUACUCAGGAAUCUGGAGACAGGAUAUUCUUAAGUAGUGAACAUGGUUGCCAUAGUGCAUGUGCCCAAUUGCUUUUGCCUCUUGAUGUGCCAUUAGUGUGAAAUUUUAAGUAAGCACAAAAGAGCGAUCACCAGCUAUGGACAGGCCUGUCUUAGCAGUGUGAGGCCACCUCUGACUACAUUCUCUACCCCUUUGCUUUUAACCCUUGCAUUCAGUCUUAACACAUUUUUUCUUAAAUAAUUUAUUCAUUCCAGAAUGUCAAGGGUCCAAAUACUUAAUAUUUAUUUUUAAAAGUACUGUUGGUGGCAUUACACUUACAAUUGCUUAUUGAUGUUUUAAAGAGCCCUUUCUUUUUCCUCCCCUAAAAUACACAGGUAUAUGAAAAUCAAAGUGCACCUGCUACUAAAAUGAACAUGAAACUUAUGAAUGGGAAAUUCAGUUGUUUCCAUAACAAUGUACAUUCAGGGAGCACUUGGAAACACUCUGCUAUAUGCAAUGCAAAGUACAGUGAGUACUUCUAGAUGUACAUACAGUGCAAAUACUCCUAAAAAUUUCUGUUUAUAGUUAUAAACCUCUGUACUUAGAAUCUGCAGAUACGGACAGAUGAGAUGAUGUAAAGGUAGGAUUUUACCUAUCUGCCAUCAGGCAGAUGUAGAAUCCAAGCUGCAUAUAGAGUCUGCUGUGGUGAAUUUUUAGGGCCUGUACAAUCUUGCAGUGAGUCAAGGCUCCGUACAUUGCUGUUCCUGUUGUCACCUGAAGGAACUGCCUGCUCCCUUGAGUGUAUUUAUGCAGUGAUUUAUAUGUGAGACUCCAAGUGGGGGAGGGAAGGAGCCAGAUCUUGAUGAAUGUUUGUCAAGUGCUUUGGGAUCGCUGGAUGAAAGGUGCUAUAAAGACUAAAUUUUUUUUUCUAUUACUACUAUAAGAAUACAAUUGCUAGAGAAAAUUCUGGAAAAGAUAGCGAGAGAUUAAAAGAUUGAAAAUUUUAUUACUUUUCAGAGACAGAGAAGAAAUUGCCUUUAUGUUUUCCCCCUCUCACUCCACUCCUGUUAUUCACAAAUACAUCACUGUACGUAACUGGCGGAUGCAGCGGGCCUGACGAAGAGAAGUGCUGAGCCACCUCAGCUCCCUUAGCUUUUGUUUGGAAUUGGAUAUGCUCAGCACUCUGGUGGUAGAUUCAGACUCAGGCGGACAGGUAUGAGUGGGCCUAGUCCAGCCAGCUCCUCUCGAAGUCCAUGGGAAUCCUCCCAUGGAGCUAAAUGAGCUUUGUUUAGAGUCCAGACGAUGACAAAAGCGUAGUAUUAAUGCUGGUUCUCCUUGUGCUAUCACACUAUCUUGCGGACGCUCGUGUCAGGCGUAAGGACGAGUUGCUGUGUCAGGAGCUGCCGUUUUCCCCGUAGCCCCAGUAAUACCUAUUUGGGCGGAGAUAGCCAGUGUUGCCAUUGGAGGAAUCGCAUUUAAAUGUGCAGAAACAACCCCCAAGACAAAGGAGAUUGUUCAAUUUACAGGACAAUUUAUAAAGAUAAUGACAUAGAAACACAAUGGUCAAAUUUCUCUGACCAUUUUGUAAUUUGGAACAAAAUGCUAUAUUUUUAAUAUUUAUUUAAAUGUGUUCUUAGUCCCUACCUAGUAAGCAAUAAACUGGUCUAGCCAAGACUUUAAAGGCAUAUGCUAUGUCAUUAGCUGGUGAGCGCCCUCUUUAAGCUGGCUAAGGUACUGAUAGAAAGUGUUUUUUGUUCUUAUAAUUGCUUGGGGAUUUGAACUGUUUUUAAUAGGUUCAGCUCAGAUUGGGGGGAGGGUACCAUUAUUCCCUUGAAAAUGACUAUUUAUUAAUGUCUUACAUAAUUCUCCAGUUAGAAGUAUCUCUCCCUCUCCCCAUGCCACUUUCUUUCUCUCUUGCUCUCUUUUUUUCUGGUUUGUUGCAUAGGUAGAAUGCUGUAUUGCUAGCAUUGUAUUUUAUGUAAUUAUUUUUUGCACAAAGGCAAACAUUUAGAUUAGUUGGUUAAUUUUUUAAAAAUUUUAUGACCAUGCCAAAAUAAUAUUCUGCAGGCUUGUGGAGAACAAAGGACUGUUCUUUAGGACUGAAACUUGAUUUUGCUUGUAGUACAAAAAAACACACACUCACAGAUGUUGUUUCGUAAGUGUUAUAAGCACUGGAUAUAAAUGGUAUUUUUUAUCACUUCUGACUAAUGUGAAACUGUUGUACGAAAACUACAUGAACAAAAGUCAUCUGUUUCGACUCGUGUGGGCCUGCCUCACAGUUGCCGGAUUUGAGUCAUUUUUAUGUCUUGUUAUUUCAUUUAUUUAUGCAAAAUACACGUAUGUAUGAACACUUUGUUUUAGCUCCAGCCCUGCCUCAGUGCUGAUGCUCUGUACGUUAACGCCACAUUCUCGAAAAUGAUUGGCGCUUCAGGAAUCGCCAGCUGGUAAAAAUUGCAUUUACUGGCUGGGGGAGUGGGAGGAACAUAUUUGAGUCUGAUUGUGCAUAUGAGCAUUUUAUUCUAUUUAUUAGCCGACAUUGGCUCUAAAAUGUCAGUGGAAAUCAACGAAGGACAAUCAUAAGGAUAAAAAAACCAACAUUUUUUACUUACUUAAUCGGAGCUCAAAACAAAGUUUUUGAUGAAUUUACCAUCUCAUUUUAGAUUUUUUUUUAAAUUGUGUAAAUAUAACAUAGGAAAUAGAAUUUUAUUUUUUGUUCAUGGAUACUUAGUGAAGUAUAAGUUAUGUAUUUACUUUUGUUCUAUAUCAGUGUAUGUUGGUCCAUAUUAAAUGCUGACAAGUCACUGUA